AUGCGGUCCCACUACCCCCCACCACCAUGUGUGGAAGAGGAGCCCGUCUCCCUUGCCCGAGAGCUUAACGGACUCUCCAACCUGAGCGACAAAUCAGGCGCUGACGGUGCUUAUGGACGAGGCAGCGUGGACCAGUAUCCGAUCAUUGUCAACUCGACUUCUUCUGGAUCUGCAGAUCUUCCCAUUAUGAGCAACAUGGGCGAAGCUGACAAGUUCUCUUCGAAUCAACUCAAUGGACCGGCAACGCCCAGUCAGCCCCAAAAAAUCCCCAGUCCACGCCUCAAAGCACAAUCUCGAACUACUUCCCACGUGAAUUCGCCAAUCCCCUCUGCACCGGAGCCUGCCUCGUUGGUCACAAACCGAGAGCGCGAGCACUUUGUCCAACCCCAAUAUGCGCACCCAGCUCAUGAGGUAAUUCCGCCUCGACAACCUCGUCCACGGUCUCCUGCACGGGGGGAUGGUUUACCUCUUCGCGGACGUGUGCGUGCGUCAUCAGAGGCCGUUCUACCAGGACCGAUGCUCGAGGCCAGAAUUGAUCACCGACUCCCGGCAUCCGCCAUACGCGACGAGGAACACAGAGGACGUGAGCGAUCUCUGCCAGGCUUAUCUCAUUUCCCCAAUACCGCAUCGAAGAACCGGCGACAGUCGCGGCCACCUUCGUCGACCCGUAUCGAUCGCUUUGGUGGGUCGAGCAGGUACGAUGACCUGGCGCUAGAUGUAGAAGCGCAACAAAAACUUUCUUAUCAACCAGUUGCUCCUCAGCCUCCUCGCUCCUCAUCACGUCCACGGCAGCAGACUGUUUACACGAAAGAGACUGCCCCGGUGCAUAUCAUUCCUCAUGCUUCCUAUGGCAUGCGCACGGCGCGAUCUCGCUCUCGCGGUCCUGACUAUCAAACAAGUUCUAAAGAAUCACUGCGGCCGUCAAUCAUUCGGUCGGGAGGCUCAAAUGGAAGCUCGCACUCUGCGAAUGUGAGGCCAUUGCAACGGGUGGAUCGACAAGAGUCACCUCCGGGCUACCAAUCGGAUACCAUCACGGUGAGGCCUCGGCCUACUUCGUAUGCUCUUCCGUCAAUCGAGUCGAGGUCCUCCGCAGCUGGGAAUGUAGCCAACGGCCGCACUUUAGCCGAGCGGAUUGAAGAGAAGCUUCGGCAAAGACAGGAGCUCCGCGAGUCGGCAUCUCUCUCUGAUUCCGAGACUCGCUCCCCGAGGGAGCUGCAUCCCGUAAACACGAGGAUGCAACCAUCAGUCUCAGCAUCAGAGCCUCACUCGCCAUCUUCUGAGUUAUAUCGAAACGCCAGUCACCGAUCCCGCGGAAACUCUUCGGCUUCUACGAAUGCACGCACGUCAGUGACGACCAUAGUCUCGCAGGCAGCUCCCCCGCUGACCCAAUCUAAGAGCCGUGGCCAUUCGAGAUCCAUCUCAUCCGACAGUUUCAGACCAUCUCGGGCUACGACUACUGUCAAAUUCCACGACCAACCUACACAAAGCCCAAGUCCGUCGCGUGCUCCUGCUCUCAAAGCUACUAGUCUGGCACAGCGACCGGUCAAUCCUUCGGGACUUUGCAUUACUUUGUGUCCACGAUCCGUUGCCGUUGCGGGAUAUGACGACUGGUACACGCUGAAAGGAUUAACCCAUCUUGAUAUAUGCCCCAGCUGUAUGAAGCAGAUUGGACACUCUCGAUUCCGCGACUCUUUCGUCCCUAGUCUCGCCAAGCAGCCGUCUCAAAAGAUCCGAUGUGCCUUCAGCAACCCCUGGGUCCGGCUCGCUUGGACCCAGAUGAUCAAACAGCAGCACGAAAGCCUUGAGAUGCUUUAUCAGAUGACUCGACCACCUCCGGGGACCCGGCCUUGCUCUGGUCGCGCCGCUUCGGAACAGAGCUGGUAUCGCAUCAUCAAUCCGGACACAGGCUCUUACCUGCCGAGCUUCCACGUCUGCGGGAGUUGCGCCCGCAACAUCCGCGUCCUGAUGCCCGCCCAUCGAGAGACUUUCCAGCUGUGCCCGGACAUCCAGGAACGCGCCUGCGACCUUGUGACUAGCAGCCCUCGCUUUGUCAAGUAUAUUGACCUUCUUGAUGAUGCAUCUUCUCGCGCAGACUCGGACCCCUCGCGACGGCCUGACCCCCGUGAGUUCCUCGCGUAUGCCAAACGCAAGGUCGUCCUCCGAGACUGUCUCCGCGAUCGACCCGUGCUCGGAAGCUGGCACUAUAUGACCGAGCUUCCUGAAUUGAGCAUCUGCGAGGAUUGCUACGAUGAGGUGGUGUGGCCUCUGGCUAAGGCGCAUCACCCUCUUGCCCGAUCCAUCUCCAGUUCCAUGCGCUAUCUCCCCGGUGACGGACCGAGUCUCUGUCGUGAGGCAACUUGCCAGUUGUACUCGGGUCGAAUGCGCGCACGAUUCAAGGACGCAGUCAUCAAGGAUGAUUUCCCGGGUCUGAGAGACUUUGCGCUGCGCAGAUUCGAGGCGGAGAGACGAUUCCGAGAUCGGAGAGAGGAACUAUUUGCCGCCGAAGAGAAAGGUUAUGAUUGUGACGUGGAGAUGAACAAGGCGAUUGAGGAAUGGAGACGGUGGGAGUAA